AUUCACAUUCACAUUGCCGAUCUGCGUUGAUGCUGCGCGGUCACAGUCACAGUCACCAAUUCGACACUGUGACUUGACUAGCAUCUCCAUUCAUCAAUCGCAACUUGCCUCUCCCACUUCCCGCACUCGCAAGCACACCACCGCCACCGCCACCCUCGCCUCCAUUCGCCACUUUUGCAGCACGAGUCACAAGUCUGCCCUGCUCACUUAGCAUCAUCACCGCAUCGAUCAAGGCUGCGCGCAUCGCAGUCUGGUGCUGCAGUGAGCUCCUUCCGCACACCGCACUCACCUUUUCUCUCCAGCUCGAACCCACAAACCCUUCUCCGCAAAUCAAAGAUGCCGUCUGAGCAGGAUGAGAUUUACAGGCUGGAGCUGCUAUCGCUGGUGUCCAAGAUCUCCAACGAGCUGCUGAACCACACUGGCAUCAACGACCGCGUCCUCGCAGAGUUCAUCCUCUCCCUCCACGAUGACGCCAGAUCUCUGGCAGAGUUCAAAGCGGCGCUUCAAGGCGUCGGCGCUUCUUUUCCCGAUUCUUUUGUGCAAUCAUUGGAUCGACUCAUCAUGGCGCUGCACCCAAAGCACAAGAAGAGCAAUGCCGCAGCGUCGAGCAGCGCAGCGGCUGGUGGCGCACCUGCUCCCGCUUCCAGCUCCAACAAGACCGAGUCGAUGAGCGCAGAGGAGAAGCAGUUGGAUGCGGAAAAGGAGAGGCAGAGGCGCAUGUAUCCCGGCUUAGCCCUCGCAGAUUCUGGUUGGGCAGCUCCUCGCGAGGACAGCCAAGAGGAGAUUGAGCAGAGGAGGCGCGCGCAGCUCAAAAUGCAAGAGGAGGAGGAGCGACGCAAAGAGGCGCUCGGCGGCGGCGGCGCUGGCAGGGACGACACGAUGCGCGACUUGGAAAGGCUGGCUGAUCGCAAUGGCAGGGGAGAGGAGGAUGCGCCAAAGAGGAGAUGGGGCAAGCGAGAGUCUCCUGACUACCAUGCAGGCAAAAGACGCGACUCUCGCAGCCCGCCACGCAGGAAUGGCGAUCGAUACGACGCACCGCCGCCCGUGAGGGGACGCGACGAAAGGCCAAGGCAGGGUCCAGGCGGCUACGGCAGACAGGCGCUCGACGACAAGCCUGUGCUGUACAAGAUUUACAGUGGCAAAGUCAGCGGCAUGAAGGACUUUGGUGCUUUUGUCUCACUCGAGGGCGUGCAGGGUCGUCACGAGGGCAUGGUGCACAUUGGCUCCAUCGGAGGCUCGCGGCUCACCCACCCUUCGGAAGCCCUGUCUCGCGGACAGCCGGUCAAAGUCAAAGUCAUGUCUGUGGCUGGCAACAGGCUCGGUCUGAGCAUGAAGGAUGUCGAUCAAGCCACCGGCAAGGACUUGUCUCCGCACCUACGUCUCAAGACCGAGGACGAGCUUGCAGCGGAACGCGAAAAGCUCAAUGCAAGAGCCAUGACCGGAUCCAAUAUGGCACCGCUGGGUCGUCGCGGGGACGGUGGCAAGGCGCCGCCAUCAUUCGAGGAUGAUGCGCCUGGCAGCAACACCGCCAAGCGUCUGACGAGCCCGGAGCGGUGGGAGCUCAAGCAGCUCAUCGCGUCUGGCGUUGCUAAAGCGAGCGAUUAUCCCGAACUGAUGGAAGAGGAGACAUUUGCCACGCCUGCGAGUAAUCGCGCUGGCAUGAACAACCCAGACGAAGAGGUGGACAUUGAAGUCAAUGAGCGCGAGGCGCCUUUCUUGGCCGGCCAGACCGGCGCCAGCUUGGAGUUGUCGCCGGUGAAGAUCGUCAAGGCGCCAGAUGGCGCCCUGAAUCGUGCUGCACUAGCCGGAGCUUCCUUGGCCAAGGAGCGACGCGAGCUGAAACAGCAAGAAAUCAAUGAUGAGGCGGAUGCUGAAGCUCGCGACAUGUCUUCGGGAUGGAACGAUCCAAUGGCUCAGCAAGGCGACAGGACCUUUGCGAUGGAUCGUCGGGGCGAAAUUCUCGGGCAGAAAGCGUCAGACCAGCCUGCAUGGAAAAAGGAGACCUUCAACAAGGCGACCACGUUUGGCAAAGUGACCAGCCUUAGCAUCCAGGAGCAACGGCAGAGCCUCCCCAUCUUCAAGUUGCGACAAGAGCUGAUACAGGCUAUCAAGGAUAAUCAAGUCCUCAUCGUCGUCGGGGAUACGGGCUCAGGCAAGACCACGCAAAUGUGCCAGUAUCUUGCCGAGGAAGGCUUUGCGGACAGGGGCAAGAUUGGCUGUACGCAGCCGCGUCGUGUCGCUGCUGUUUCGGUGGCCAAGCGCGUGGCUGAGGAAGUGGGAUGUCGUGUCGGUCAAGAGGUUGGCUAUACGAUCCGUUUUGAAGACUGCACCUCACCCGAAACGCGCAUCAAGUACAUGACGGACGGUAUGCUGCAGCGUGAAUGUCUCAUCGAUCCAGACGCAAGCCAAUACUCCGUCAUUGUCCUCGACGAAGCGCACGAGCGAACGAUUGCCACCGAUGUUCUGUUCGGCCUUUUGAAGAAGACCCUCAAGAGGCGGCCAGAGAUGAAGCUGAUUGUCACCUCUGCCACAUUAGAUGCCGAGAAAUUCUCGAGCUACUUCUUCGACUGCCCCAUCUUCACCAUUCCAGGCAGAACGUAUAAAGUGGAGGUGCUCUACACCAAGGAGCCCGAGUCAGAUUACCUCGACGCUGCGCUCAUCACCGUGAUGCAGAUUCAUCUCUCCGAGCCUCCUGGAGACAUCCUCGUCUUCCUCACCGGUCAAGAGGAGAUCGACACGUCGUGUGAAAUACUCUUUGAGCGCAUGCGAGCUCUUGGGCCGAGUGUGCCAGAGCUUCUCAUCUUGCCCGUCUACUCUGCCUUGCCUUCGGAGAUGCAGACGCGCAUUUUCGAACCCGCACCCCCGGGUGCUCGAAAGGUGGUACUGGCUACGAACAUUGCGGAGACCAGCAUCACCAUCGAUGGUGUAUACUACGUCAUCGACCCUGGAUUCGUCAAGCAAAAUGCGUACGACGCGCGUCUCGGAAUGGACAGCCUGGUUGUCACGCCCAUCUCCCAAGCUCAAGCACGCCAGCGCGCUGGUCGCGCAGGACGAACAGGACCCGGAAAGUGCUACCGUCUCUACACUGAAGCGGCGUACCGCAACGAGAUGCUACCGAAUCCCAUUCCAGAUAUUCAGCGACAGAAUUUGGCUUCUACCAUCCUGAUGCUGAAGGCCAUGGGUAUCAAUGAUCUCAUCAACUUUGACUUUAUGGAUCCCCCUCCAGCACAGACGCUCUUGACUGCUCUCGAGGCCCUGUACGCUCUAUCGGCGCUCGACGAUGAAGGUCUGCUCACAAGACUCGGACGAAAGAUGGCAGACUUUCCCAUGGAGCCGCAGCAAGCCAAGAUGCUCAUUGCCAGCGUCGAUCUCGGCUGCUCUGAAGAGUGUUUGAGCAUUAUUGCUAUGCUCAGUGUUCAGAACGUCUUCUACCGGCCAAAGGAGAAGCAAGCUCAGGCGGACGCGAAGAAGGCCAAGUUCUUCCAACCCGAGGGUGACCAUCUGACUCUGCUGACAGUCUACAAUGGUUGGGCUGCGUCCAAAUUUUCGUUGCCUUGGUGUAUGGACAACUUCGUCCAAGGAAGAUCUAUGCGGCGUGCGCAGGAUGUGCGAAAGCAGCUGCUCGGUAUCAUGGAUCGCUACUCCCACGAUAUCAUAUCCUGUGGAAAGAAUUUCAAUCGAGUGCGACGCGCCAUUUGCUCCGGCUUCUUCCGCAAUGCUGCAAAGAAGGACCCUCAGGAAGGCUACAAGUGCUUGGCAGAAGGUGGCGGCACGGUCUACAUUCACCCUUCUUCAUCAUUAUUCAACCGCGCUCCAGAGAUGGUCAUCUAUCACGAGGUCGUGUUGACUACGCGCGAGUACAUGCGGGAAUGUUGCGCCAUCGAGCCAAAGUGGCUCGUCGAAGUCGCGCCGAGAUACUUUCGUCAAGCGGACCCGUCUCAGAUCUCGAAGCGCAAGCGCGCAGAGAAGGUGCAGCCCUUGUUCGACAAGUACGCGGAGCAUCAAGACGCUUGGCGUAUCUCCAAGGUCAAGAGAGCUGGCAGAGGCACUGUCACAUUCGGAUGAAGCGAUGCUUUGUUUUGCUCAGUCGUUUCAGCCCCUCCUGUAUUCUUUACCUCUCUCGCUCGUUUGCGCACCCAAUGCCAUAAGUCC